AUGAUGCAAAGGUUGAGUUUUAUCCAAGCAGACAUCACAAAGUUAGCUGUCGAUGCUAUCGCAAAUGCAGCAAAUUCAUCGUUGCUAGGUGGUGGUGGUGUUGACGGUGCAAUCCACCGUGCCGCUGGUAAUAGACUCUACAUGGAGUGCAAAACCUUGGGUGGUUGUCCGACAGGGUCAGCUAAAAUUACCGGGGGUUAUAAUCUGCCUGCUAAAUAUGUUGUUCAUUGUGUUGGACCAAAGAAUGGCAAUGCGGAUUCUCUGCGUUCCUGCUAUAAAACUGCAUUGAAUCUCUGCACAGAGAAUAACAUAAAGAGUAUUGCUUUUCCAUGCAUUUCAACGGGAAUAUAUGGUUUUCCGAACGAACCUGCAGCUGAAAUUGCCUUGACUACAACCUUAGAAUACUUGGAGAAACACCCCGAGAUCGAGCGCGUGAUAUUUUGCUGUUUCUUGGAUGAAGAUUACAAAAUCUACGAGAAUUUGCUGUUAGCAAAGUACAAAGAGCAGAAUCCCUAA